AUGAGUUUUACAAGUUUUAACUGGAUAAGAAAAGAACCUGGAUACAGAAAUGGAGGGGAGCACUUUGGUUACCUAGCAAAUGUAUUUCUUCGCUCAGGAUACGGAAAUGAAGUUCACCCAAGUAGGCUUAAUGGAAUGGCAGUAACCCAGUCUGACUGCUAUGUGAGUUUAUACUUACCUACCGCUUCAGUGAAAACAAUGAAGACACAGACCAUCAAAGAUUCCAAGGAUCCCAUGUGGAAUGAAACUUUUCACUUCAGAAUUCAGAAUAAAGUAAAGAAUAUUUUAGAAUUUAAUAUCUAUGAUGAAGACAAACUUACAGAAGAUGACCAUCUCCUCACUGUUUUGUUUGAUGUAUCCAAAAUCCAACUUGGAGAAUCUGUUCCCCUGAGCUUUCAGCUGAAUCCAAAGGGCAAGGAGGAACUAGAGGUUGAAUUCACAAUGGAGAGCAGCCCUGACGUUCCAGAAAAAAUUCUUACCAAUGGAGUCUUAGUGUCUCGUGAAGUUGCCUGUUUAGAAGUUCAAGUGAAUGGGGGGAAAAGAAAAAGUGUCUUACCAGAAAGAACUUUUACUCUUUCAGUGGGUGGAUCCUAUGAAGAAGCUCAAAAUCUCAAUUUAGGUUACUGGCUCUGCCCUGCUUCUCCUGCUAAAUUUCACUAUAUCAAAUACAACCAAUCAGACCUUAAAAUUGAAUUGCCAAGAAGGCAGUUCUGUGCAGACAAAAUAAUUGAUUUGAGUGUGAAGGCAAAGGAAUGGACCCAGUGGCUGUGGUUUAAAAGACCAAAAGCUCUUGAUGUGCGCCUAGGAUAUGGUCUGUGCUCAGAUGAAAAUAAUUUCCUGCAGAAACGAAAGAAAGUGGUUGCUGCAGCUCUGAAAAGUAUUCUCUCUUUGGGGCAAGACCUGAACGAGCAUGAAGUCCCAGUGGUUGCUAUGACAACAACAGGAGCUGGUAUGAGAGCAUUAACAGCUCUUUAUGGCACCCUUUGGGGUCUCCAGAGAACAAAGCUUUUGGACUGUAUUUCAUAUAUGACUGGAUCAUCCGGAACCUCAUGGACUAUGACAAAAUUGUAUGAAGAUAGCAAUUGGUCAAAUAAAGAUCUUGGUGAAAUCAUUUUGCAAGCUCGGAAGCAAGCAGCCAAAUCUAAGAGGAGUGCUUUUUCCUUGGAAAAGUUGAAGUCUUACCAUAAGGAGCUGGCUCAACGGACCAUCGCAGGAUAUAAGUCUUCUUUUAUAGACCUUUGGGGACUCAUGAUUGAAGCCAUGCUGAAUGAAGGGAAUAAUCAUCAUAAACUCUCAGAGCAACGACGAGCAGUGAACAAAGGUCAGAAUCCUCUGCCAAUCUAUCUGGCACUCAAUGUAAAAGACAACAUCACCACAAAAGAUUUUAGAGAGUGGUUAGAAUUUACACCAUACGAAAUAGGAUUUCCGAAAUAUGGAGCUUUUGUUGCUGCUGAAAAUUUUGGAAGCGAGUUUUACAUGGGGCACAUAAUGAAGAAACUCCCAGAAUCAAGGAUAUGUUUUAUGCAAGGAUUAUGGAGUAGUGUAUUUUCCAAGAAUCUAUUAGAUGCCUGGCAUGCGGCAGACAAUUCAGAAGAUUUCUGGAACAGAUGGACCCAAGAUUCUGUCAUAGAGAUUGAUGAAGUGCCUGAUAUACUGGAGAAACCCCAUGAGAUGCCAACUCGCAUGUUCACUCCUGCUGGAGGUCUUUCCAAUACUCUACGGGAUAUUUUAACAGAUCGUCCAGCAGUGUCCAAGUAUAACAAUUUUUUAAAAGGGCUCCAAAUGCAUAAUGAAUAUGUACAGCAUCAACAAUUUACUAAAUGGAAAGAUACAAUGCUUGAUGAAUCCCCCAAUCAACUGAAAGAUUCUACAGAACAUUUGGAACUUGUAGAUACAGCUUUCUUCUUUGACACCAGUUGCCCUCCACUUCUCAGGCCAGAGAGGAAAGUGGAUGUCAUUCUGCAUUUCAAUUAUACUGGAGGAUCACAAACCAAGCCUCUGGAACAGGCCUCCACAUAUUUCUCAGCACAAGGAAUCCCAUUCCCCAAGAUUUUACUAAAUGAAGAAGAAAAGAAAAAUAUAAAAGAAUGCUAUGUCUUUGAAGAGGCAAAUAAUCCUGAAGCACCCAUCGUGCUUUAUUUCCCACUAGUGAAUGACACCUUCCAAAGAUAUAUUGCACCCGGCAUAGAACGUAAUGCGGCUCAAUUGCCACAAGGCAAUGUUGAUAUCUCAAGUGCUUUUUCACCAUAUUCUACAAGACAGGUCUCACUGCAGGAGGAGGAUUUUAACAAGCUGCUAAAUCUAACCAACUAUAAUGUUCAGAAUAAUGCAAACACAAUCUUGCGGGUUUUGCACAAAGUGGUAGAACAGAAGAAACAGGCUCAAUUACCUCAGUCAUCUUCAUGA